AUGACGACCGACUGGAGUAAAAAUAAGGUUGUCGACCUCAGAGCCGAGCUCACUCGCAGAGGCCUAGCUACCAAUGGCCUCAAGCAGGAAUUGGUAGAUCGCCUGACAAGCGAUGAUGAGGCAAAGUUGAAGGAGGAAUCUGAAGCCGAUGCGCCAAAAACUGAUGAUCCAUCACCUUCCGCCGAUGCACCGACAGAGGUUGCGCCAGAACAACCUGAAGCUGUGCAAGAAGUGCAAGAAACCGAAUCUCCCCAAGAAGCCGACCCUGCGCAGGACGUGCCGAACGGGACCACGACUGAGGCGCACGAAACUGCAAACUCAGACGCGCCCGUGGCUCCUUCGCUUGAUACAGUCGGCGAUGAGAAGAAACGCAAGCGUCGCUCAGCCAGCCCGCCACCACCUAAUGAAGAUACACCGAGGAAGCGUAUUCGGCAGGAGAACAGCGACGUAAUGGAGAACGGUGGCAAUGACGCCGAACCGGCCACCACUGAUCUCCCACAGUCUGUACCUGCCACUCACGAUGGUGAAGAUGUCACCAUGCAGGGCGAUGCGGAGCAUCAGGCCGCAUCAACGACAAAAGAUACUACACGCGAAGCCCCCCUGGAGUCCAGCCAAAAGAUGGAGCAAGAAGAUGUUGUUGACUACGGAGCAGACUCGCCGGUGGCCCAGCAAGACACGGAUCAUGGUUCUUCCAAUAAGCAAGAGUCGGGAGACGGUGAUAUCGACAUGAAGGACGCCGCAAAAGAUGCCGCGCCACAGGCUACAGACCAAUUUUACUACGACGCCCCUCGCGCAAGAGACGAGGACGACUCGGUUGAGCCUGCACUACACCCUGCAACCGACAGUUUGUUCAUUGGUAACUUCAUGCGCCCGCUUCGAGCUGACGUUGUUGAGGAUCAUCUUAUUGAACUGGCGAUGAGUCCUGGUGCGGCACCCGAUCGCUCGGUCCUGUCACAGUUGUGGGUGGACAGUAUCCGUACCCACGCUCUUGUACAGUUUCAAUCAGUUGCAGCCGCAUCCCGUGUACGGACAGCUCUGCAUGGAAAGGUGUGGCCGGACGAGAGGAACAGAAAAGCGCUUUGGGUCGAUUUCAUCCCUUCAGAUCAGGUUAGUGACUGGAUCGCCAAGGAAAAGGCGGAGGGGAGUAGCAGAAGGGGUGACGUCUCCAGGUGGGAGGUGGUGUACCAGAAAGAGGGCGAUGUCAUGGUCGCAACGCACCAAGUCGCCAUUGCAGAGCCAAAAACAACAGCACCGCCAUCAGGGCCGAACGGUACCUCCCGGGCUGUGCCUACCGGCCCAGCAAACCAGUACCCGGGCAUAGAAUCAGCGCCAUCAGGUCCUCGCAACAUGGGUGGUCGACGAACGGGUGGUGCCGGCGAUGCCCGAGGAAACGCUCACGAGCGUACACGCACAUCACCGUCCAUCAGUUGGCAGCCCGUUUCUGCUGAUCUUGCGCGCCGGCGACUCGAAAACCUCAACAGCUUCGUCUCUAAAGACCCAAAUCGCGACGUAGGCCGCGAUUGUCACCGUUACUCGUUUACUCGAAGUGACCAGUUCAUAGACCGCGGCCCAGAGAUGUUUGUUGGAAUCCGGCCCCCGCACCGUGAACGUGAGCGUCGUCAAAUGGGUGGUCAGGGUGGUGGAAAUGGAAGCGGUGGCGGCGCGAGAGCCGGAGGUGGGGGAUCUGGCCAUGGCUCAUCACGCCAGCCCCUCCCGCCCCAGUCAUAUGAGGCUCCUGCUCCCAGGCGUGGUCCUCGCGGCGGAGGUGGCCGCCGUAACAGGCAUGGGGGUGGUGGCGGAGGCGGCAAUUCUGGGUAUGGACGGUAUGGUCAAGGGGGUCGUUUCGGUGAUGGCCUAGCCCCUAGGUAUGAAGAUUUCAGGUACAGGCCUUCGGACAAAGACCAUCGGUCAGACAGGCGAUGA